CACUAUUUCACGACCCCUGAUCGUCUUCAACCUUGCGCGCCAGUCCACCAUGAAGCUCCUCGCCAUGGCGUACGACGCCUUUCUCCCUAGCUCUCUCCUUUUUUUCUCCUUCUUCCUCACUGCCCUCCUCAUCCUUCCCCUGAUUCUCCUUUUCUUUUCACUGUCUCGAAAGUCCGCUGGUUCCCGCCUCCGGCCACCAGGCCCCUCUCGUCUACCGAUAAUAGGAAACCUUCACCUUCUCGGCGACAUGCCACAUCGCUCCCUCGAGCAGCUCGCCAAGAAGUACGGAGACCUCAUGUUCCUCCAGCUGGGCCAGGUCCCCACCAUCGUUAUCUCCUCCGCCCGGCUGGCUCGUCAGGUCAUGAAGACCCAUGACCACGCCUUCGCCAGUCGCCCGGCCCUGCUCUCAGCUCAAUACCUCUCCUACGGCUGCUCCGACGUCACGUUCUCCCCCUACGGCCCAUAUUGGCGCCAGGCCAGGAAGAUCUGCGUUACAGAGCUGCUGGGCUCCAGGCGCAUCCAGUCGUUCCAGCACAUACGGGAAGAGGAGAUCGGCCGGCUGGUGGCGUCGAUCGGCAGCCUGGCCGACCGGCUAGAAGGCGGCGGGGCCGCCGAUCUAAGCGACGCCUUCUUUGGCCUGGCGAAUAACAUCUUGUGCAGGGUGGCAUUUGGAAAGAGGUUCUCCAAGGGAGGGCUUAACGAGAUUUUGACGGAGACGCAGGCGCUGUUCGCGGGGUUCUCCGUCGGCGAUUUCUUCCCUUCCUUGCGCUUGCUGGACGUUGUCACGGGGCUGACGGGGCGGUUGAAGGCGAACCUGCGGGACUUGGAUCGGAUAUCCAGCGAAAUAAUCGCCGAGCAUGUGGACCCCGGAAGGCCUCCGCCGGCACACAAGGACUUCGUGGACGUGCUGCUGCAAGUGCAAAGGGAGGGCAACCUGGACGUGCCCAUUAGUGACGACAACAUCAAAGCUUUAGUCCUGGACAUGUUCGUCGCUGGGACCGACACGACAUCGGCAACACUAGAAUGGACCAUGACCGAGCUCAUGAGGCAUCCUGAGGUGAUGCGAAGGACCCAGGAUGAGAUCCGCAGCGUCGCGAGGAAAGGAGGAACGAUAACCGAGUCGGACCUGGCCGACCUAGCCUACAUGCGGGCUGUGAUCAAGGAGGCGCUUCGGCUGCACCUGCCGGUUCCCCUCCUCGUGCCUCGUGAGUCCAUCGAGCCAUGUGAGCUCGAUGGCUACAUCAUCCCAGCCAAGACAAGGGUACUGGUCAAUGCAUACGCAAUUGCUCGGGACCCACAUUCUUGGGACGACCCGGAAACGUACCGGCCGGAACGGUUCCUUGAGAAGCCGAUUGAUUUUAAAGGGAGCCAGGAUUUUGAGUUCCUACCAUUUGGUGGUGGCCGGAGAGGGUGCCCAGGAUACUCCUUUGGCCUUGCCACCGUGGAGCUUGCAUUGGCGAGGCUCCUUUGCCACUUUGACUGGUCAUUAGCGGAUGGCGUGAGCCUAGAGAGCCUCAACCUUGAAGAAAUAUUUGGUCUAGCAACUCGAAAGAAAGAACCACUCUUAUUGAUCCCGAGACACUCUAUAGAAUCGGGAUUCAAGCUGAUCUGAUGGAUCCCCUGCCAUGUGGGUGUUCUACUCAUCCAUUGGACUAAACACAUGUAUUAGGUUUUGCUAUUUAAAAUGGUUAAGGAUUUGAUAGCUUUGUAUGAGGGCAUUGGCUAAUUAUGUACUAGGUGAAAGAACGCUUUGUUCUUCAGAAUCUGGGACCCAAAUUUGAUAUCUCAUAUAUUGUCCAUGUCCAUUGGAUAAUUUGAUGAAGAGGCUCUGUACUUUAACUAGCUUUGAUUCCCUCGUAGAUGUUUAGAGGUCGUUUGAUUGUUGUCCAUUGGGACAUGACGUUCUGUUUAUUAUACUAUUGUCUUGUCCACAUGGACAAUGAUGUUUUUUGUCCACUUUUUGAUGACUUUAAGAAUGGAACAGUACGUUCGUCUUGUCCGACA